AUGCACGAAGAGGAGGAUGGCAGCGACGCGAGACCCAGCGCGGCCCCGCGGAUCGUGGCCGUCAGGUCCGUGGAUGUGGCCGAGGUGGAGGGCUCGAAGGAGCAGGCCUCCAGGCUGUGCGGCUACCUGAACAAACUGUCCGGCAAGGGGCCACUGAGGGGCUACAAGCCGAGGUGGUUCGUGUACGACCCGAGGAAGUGUUACUUGUACUACUUCAAGACUCCGCAGGACGCGCUGCCGCUCGGACACAUCGAGGUGGGCGACGCGUGUUUCUGCUACGACGUGGAGGGGGAAGAGGGUCAGUUUGAGGUCCGCACCGCCGGGAAGGAGUUCCUCCUGAAGGCCCCCAGCAGGCAGGUGAUGCACUUCUGGCUCCAGCAGUUGCAGCAGAAACGGUGGGAGUACAGCAACACUCGGAGCUCAGGUCAGAGAGACAGCUGGAGCUCCCCGACCUUGGCCUACCCUGCCACUGGCCUUGUAGGCAAAGACAAUGAUGGUUUCGUCUUUGAGAAGCUGAGCGACAGCAUGGAGAAGGUCCGCAGCGACUUUGCCAUGGAGACGGAGACAGAGGGCGGGUCAAUGGUGGGGAUUCAGACGGCCAGAGGAGUCUCCACGAACCCUCUCAACUUCGCUCUCAGAAACAUUGGUACAGAACUCAGGAACUCCAUGUCUUAUCUGCGGCAGGGCAAGGGAGCUGAGAACAGGCGCAGUGUGUUUUACAGUGGUAACAACAGCACAGAGGAGUGGGAGCUGGUGGACGCCCCGCCCAAGGACUUCAUUGAACAGAAACCUCAUCCAGACACACACAGACAUUCCUUUGGAUCUGCAUUUACGUUUGACUUUGUGCGAAAUUCGGCACGGCCCAGGAAGCCGCUGCUUCGGGACAUGAUGGCCUCUGGGAGGUUUGGGCGCAGUGCUGAGAGCUCGCCAGUGGAGUGUAACGACAGCAAACCUUUGGAGAUGCAGCUUCGCCUCCAGAACCAACAGGAAGAACUGACUCGCAUGCAGCAGGAACAGGCCAAACUCCAAGAAGAGCUCACCAGUCAGAAGGAGCUGGUUAGACUUCUGCAGCAGACUCUCAGGACAUCUCAGAGUGACAGGCCAACAGUGCGCUGUCCAGCCCCGGCUCCUGAUCCGUCCACAGCCUCGCUCCAGACCCAGGACUCAGUAGCAACCCAGGAAGAAAUCGCCCAGCUGGAGAACCUGCUUCAGGAAAGAGACGGACAGAUCCAGGACCUGUGUGGCCACAUGGAGCGUCUCGCCUUGGAGAAGGAGAGCCUACAACAGGAGCUGAAAGGCUUGAAAAUUAAAGUAGGAGAGAUGAAUGAGCAGCUGGGGAUGAUGAUGGAGACCAUCCAGGCUAAGGAUGAAGUCAUCAUGAAGCUUUCGCAGGAGAGCCCUGAGAACAGUGGAAAUCCAAAUGACGCCAGUUCACUGUCUCCAAACAAAGAGAAGCAGGAGCUGGACAUCUUGAAGGACAGUCUUCAAGGCUACAAAUCCCAGAACAAGUUCCUGAACAAAGAGAUCCUGGAGCUGACAGUGUUACGCAGAAAUGCAGAGAGCAGAGAAAAAGCUUUAGAAGCAAAGUAUACGGCCCUGGAGGCCAAGUUGUGUCAGGUGGAGAGUAAAUAUCUGGUGCUGCUUCAAGAAGUGAAGACCCCAGUGUGUUCAUCAUCAGAGCAGAACCCUGCCUGUGACGUCAUUUCCAGAUUGUUAGAGGAUGCACUGCAGGUAGAAGGCUCCGAUCAGCAAGAGCACCCCAUCUUCAAACCAAGCACUGUCAGUGAGUACGACGUGUUUGGCUUCAAGACGGUGCCUGAGGAAGAGGAGGAGGAGGAGAAGCUGGUUGCGAAGGUGAGAGCCUUGGAGCUGAAGUCGCUGUCCAUGACGAACCAGGAGGUGUCUGUAGGAGUGAAGUGGGAGAACUACCUGGCCAGCACCAUGAACAGAGACCUGGUGCGCUCCCCUGAGCUCAAAGCCCUGAUUCGCUGCGGUGUGCCGCACGAGCACCGGUCCCAGGUGUGGCGCUGGUGUGUCUCCUUCCACGUUAAGAAGUUUCGGGACCAUUUGGCGCCUGACUAUUAUGAGACAUUACUGAAUGUAGCCAGGGACAAGCCCAACCCAGCCUCGAAGCAGAUCGAGCUGGACCUGCUGCGUACUUUGCCCAACAACAAGCACUACUCCUCUCCGAGUGCGGGCGGCAUCCAGAAACUCAGGAACGUCUUGAUGGCGUUCUCCUGGAGGAACCCAGAUAUUGGCUACUGUCAGGGGCUGAACAGGCUGGCUGCCAUUGCCUUGCUCUAUUUGGAACAAGAAGACGCCUUCUGGAGCCUUAUAGCUAUUGUGGAAGUGUUCAUGCCGAGAGACUAUUAUACCAAGACUCUGCUUGGCUCACAGGUUGAUCAGCGCGUGUUCAAGGACCUGAUGUGGGAGAAGCUGCCGCGGCUUCACACCCACUUUGAGCAGCACAAGGUCGACUUCUCCCUCAUCACCUUCAACUGGUUCCUGGUGGUGUUCGUGGACAGCGUGGUGAGCGACAUCCUCUUCAAGAUCUGGGAUGCCUUUCUGUACGAAGGUCCAAAGAUCAUAUUUCGCUCCGCCCUCGCUCUCUUCAAGUACAAGGAGGAAGAGUUUUUGAAGUUGCAGGAUUCCACAGCCAUCUUCAAAUAUCUCCGAUACUUCACAAGAACAAUUCUGGAUUCAAGGAAGCUGAUGAGCAUCGCCUUCGGGGACAUGAACCCGUUCCCCAUGAGGCAAAUCCAGAACCGCCGCUCCUUCCACCUGGAGAAAGUCCGUCUGGAGCUGACGGAGCUGGAGGCCAUCAGACAGACCUUCCUCAGGGAGAGGGAGUCGAGUCAGGACGGACGGAUCUUCGUCAGCGACGAUGAGGAGGAUAAUUAACUUGGAGCUGAAGCACCUUUCCUGAAAACAAAGAGACCUCCUCCUCGACGCACCAGUGAUGUGUCGCUGUUGUAAAAGGGAGGUUCUGUUGUAAAGAAUUGUUGGAGUUGGUCUCCACAUUGAUGCUGGAACAAUCAACUUCAUACAAAGUUCGGGUGAAAUCAAGUCAAAGGACUGAAACUUUACAGGCCGUGUGGCUUACUAUCAGUAUUCCUGCCUUUUUUCCUAAAUACUCUAUUUGCUGAAUGCUUGUGUGUUUACAUGACGGCCAAAACUGUGUUUGUCUGAUUAUCCCUUCAUCCUCCAAUGCCAAGUUGAAACUUUCACUUCAGUCUAAAUCAGUAUUUUUUGAAUCAUGGCUGUGAUCUUGUGACAAGUUGGUGAUUUUUUAUGCCUUGAAGAAAUGAUUGUUUACUCUUCUUUUCCUUUCAUUACGUCUCAAAUUUCCUCUGUCCACAUUUCCUCUCUGAAAUGUCUUUUAAUUGUUUGUCCUUUUUUCCACUUUGUUUCUGUACAACACAUCUUUUGUGUUGAUCUAUUUGUCUGUUGAUGAACUUGAAUUAUUGAUGCUGAAAUUCAUAUGUUGCUGAAAACUUAAAAUGUAAGUGUUAGAGCCUUCAAAUCACAAGGUUGGGUGUUUAUCAUUCCAUGUGGUGUGAAGCCCUUAUGAUCAAACCCUUGGAUCAAAAACUAAAUCUUACUCCGGUUUUAUCAGGUGGAAUGUUUUUUUAUCUCUGGAUUCAAAAUAAUAUUGAUAAGUCCAUUUUAUAUUAUCUGUCUGUAUUUGGCAGAAUUCUUUCAUUUUUAAUGCUUUCAAAUUACUUUAUUCUUAAAUACUGAGUUUAUAUUUACAUAUUCCAAAGAAAAGUCUUAAAGUUCAAAGUGAUGUGCAUCUACAUAUGCACUUGUGUGAAACUGUUACAGCCUAUUUUAUCAUAACUUCUUCUAAACAUGUGCAUAGUCAUUUCCCUUAGAUUAUCUGUGCCUCACAGUUCUACUGUUAAUGCAUUAUUAGGUUUCAGUGCUGUUACUUUUCCCCAAAACUCAGGGUGUUCAAAGAGUUUUUCAUACAUUUCACCCUGACUUCUUUCCAAUGCUGGGAUUUCUGAGCUUUAUCUUAAUUUGCUGAUGUAUCUGCAUUCAUUGUCCACAGUGUGGCAGUACAAUAUUGGUGUCUGUCCAGUGUUUACACUCGUCCACAGGUACCGGUCACUGCUGUAUUUCAGCUCAGGAUGAGAAGUCAGUGAGAAAGGAAAUAUGAUUUGUCAUCUAUAGAGAUUGUUAAACAUGUGGAGCAACAUCUGUCCCUCUUCCACACCCAGGUACCAAGACAUGACAGUUUACUCUACAGCACUGUGACCAUAUGAUUUAUGAUUCAUGCUGUUCAACUAACUACAGUCAAAUCCUUUUCUACAAACACAAAGAACCAUGUUUUAAUUUGCCUAAACAACAUUUUGUUAUCGUUUGAAAUCCACAUGGUUUCGCCACGUAUCUUUUUCUUACCCUUUUCCCUUGACCGCUGAUGUAUUGUUUACAACUUAUAACUUUUAUCAUUCUUUUACUUUUAUUUACGGAGGAUUUCUUUGCAAUAAGUUACACAAUAGACCAUGUUUUCUCCUCCUAGUCACAAUGAGAAAUGUAGAUUGAAAAGACUUUAGAAGGUCAAAUUAAAUGAUCCUCAUGAGAGCAGGUCUCUCUAGAAAUUCCAAUAUUCAUGCUUGUAUGGUUUAAGCUCAAGAAAUUUAUUUUUUCUGAACUUUCACUCCUAAUGUCAAUGUUCACUUAUAUUUCAAUGCACAGCCACUUGUUCUGAAGCUAGUUAAUUACAUUUAUCAUGUUUUUUGAUUUUAUUUUCACAUUGAAUAAGCUACAUGUAAAGCUACCCUCUCUUCGGUUUUUCUUUUUGUCCUCUUUUUAUUUUCACAGCAUUUAAAGGGUCAGAAUAUUAUUGUGCACUUAAUCGUUUUGAUGGUUACAUGUCUUCAUUACCGUGUUCAUUUUUACUCAGUAUAAAGAGCAAAGCUUUCAUGUCACAGAAGUGAGCAUACACCACUGUAUGUUUUCGUAGCACACAUUCAAUAAAAAAAAAGUCUGACUGA